AAGUGCCUGCCUUGGGCUCAGGUCCUGAUCCCGGAGUCCUGGGAUUGAGCCCCAGGUCUGGCUCCCUGCUCAGCAGGGAGUCUGCUGCUUCUGGGAAUGAAUAUCCCAGAGCUCAGAGUUUGUCCCUGAGUUGGCAGGGGUUUCUGUCCCAGGAUUUGGUUGGAUCCAUGAAGUCUGGCCUUCAAAUCACUUCUCUACGGAGAGUGACCAGUAGCCCUUCCCAUUGCUGCUCCUACACGGUGGUUUCUGGCUCUCCAGGUUGGGGAACCCCUAUUUGAACUACAGGAGCUUAGUAAGGAGGUGAAGACAGAUGGACUGCCGGGUCUUGUGGAGGCCAGUCUUGCCUGGGAAAGACCCAGCCCAGGCAGUAGCGCUUGCUCCGCAUUUGCUGUGUCUUCUCUUCCGAGGCCCAGGUCUCCUCCACUUCUCCGUGCGUUUUGACUUUCGCAAGGCCUCUGAGCCGUGGUGGAACGGCUUGGGUCCAGAGAGCCGAAGGAGUCCACUCACCUGCCUUUGCUUCCACAUCGCAUCCUGGCUGCAAACGCUCUGCCAGGCCAGGUCCUGCCAGUCUCGAGUUCCCCCAGCCCCCUCGCGCCGCACUAAUAACUUCCAGCCGCCAGGACCUCUUUAAGAGCAUUCGGCAGGGGUGGGGCGGGGGCGAGGGGGCUAGGUCAGGAGACUGAGGUUCUUCUAGAAGAGAUCGGAGAUCCUAGAACAGUCAGCUCUGAUCUCCCUUCUCGGAAUUUUGCAAAUCCCCAUCCGCCGGGGUCGGGGAAGGCAAUCUUAUUGCCGACUAGUUUAUGAGCCAGAGCCACGGCUUGGCGGGGAGUCGGUGGCACACAGAAUCUGGGGGCCGUCCAGGAAGGGUCCAGCCUGAAUGUGCACCGGGCCGCGCCCCGCAGCGCGGAGCAGCUCGGCGGCACGGUACGGCAGGUUGUUCCGGGGCUUCUCUCCGAGCCUCCCCACCCUGUAGAAAUACCGCUGCCGGGACAUCUACCAGCUCCAGACCCACUGCGGCCCCGAGUUGGGGGUUGGGGGCGCAGGAGGAGGGGCACACGGGGCUCGGGCCCGGCGCGGGGGGCGGGUCCGAGGCGGGGGGCCCAGAUCGGGAGCCGCGCGCCGGGGCCCAGGCAGCUGCGGAGCGGAUCGCAGCCGGCGGCGGGACCGCCACAGCCCGACCGGCCAUGAACUCGGGACCCGAGCCCCGGACACCCCGGACACUCUUCAGCAUCACAGACAUCCUAGGCCCGCGCAUGGUUCCCCGCGGACCUUCUACGUCUCCGCUUCCAGAGUCGAGCCCUGGUCCCACGUCGCCUCUGUGCGCGCUGGAGGAGCUGACCAGUAAAACUUUCCGCGGACUUGACGGGCACGCUCCGGAGUCCUCUGAAGGCCGCGCCGCCCAGGGUGCGCUGGGCCCUGGCCCCGCCGGCCGCAGACGCCGAAAGUCACGCACGGCGUUCACAGCGCAGCAGGUGGUGGAGCUGGAGCGACGCUUCGUCUUCCAGAAGUACCUGGCGCCUUCGGAGCGUGACGGGCUGGCGGCGAGGCUCGGUUUGGCCAACGCACAGGUUGUCACGUGGUUCCAGAACCGGCGCGCCAAGCUCAAGCGCGACGUGGAGGAGAUGCGCGCCGACGUGGCCUCGCUGAGUGCGCUGGCCCCCGAAGUCCAGUGCCGCCUCGAGCUGCCGGAUAGCGCCCCAGGCCCCGGCCCCGGCCCGCCUGACUCCGGGCCCCACCUGUCAGAAGAGGAGAUUCAGGUGGACGACUGAAGGCAAAGCCGCCGCCAGCUCCGGGCUCUGGGGCCCCGGACUCCUCACCUCCGUGCGCCGCGCCCCGUCCGGGUUCCGGGGUGGAGGGAGGGUGUGGAUCCGGCCUCCUCCGGUUCACAGUCCAGACGCUCGCUUUUCCCAAUUGUUGAGAAUAAAAUUGAGACUCAGUC